UAUGUAUUCGAUAUGCUAUUAAUAAAUAUUAUGAAUUAAAUCCAUAUUUAAUUCAAGAAGAAUCUCAAGCAAAUAAUGAACAAUCUGAUAAUGAAUUUGAAGAAUUUGAUAAUGAAGAAUUUGAUCCUAAUCAAAUUUCAAUUUAUCGAGCAACAAGUAUUGCUGAAAGUACUGGUGCAACAGAAGCAUUUGAAAAUUUAUUAGUUAGAUCUGCCUCAAGUAUAAGUACAGGAUCUAAUAUUAAGAGAAAAAAAACAAAAACUGAA